AUGGAGGCCAGCAUGGUCCCUGAAAACAAUACCACCGUGAAGGUGUUCAUCCUCUCAGGCCUGACCACGAACCACAAGGUCGAACUGGCGCUCUUUGUUUUCUUCAUCGUCAUCUAUACAUCGAUCCUCAUCGGCAACAUCCUCAUCGUCAUCACGAUCGUCUACGACCAGCACCUCCACACCCCGAUGUACUUCUUCCUCAGCAACCUCUCCUUCAUCGACGUUUGCCAUUCCUCGGUGGUCAUGCCCAAGAUGCUCGCUGACUUCUUAACGGAGACCAAGACCAUCUCUUUUGGAGAAUGCGUAGGCCAGAUGUUCUUCCUCCACCUCUUUGCCUGCACGGAGAUCUUCCUCCUCACCAUCAUGGCGUACGACCGCUAUGCCGCCAUAUGCAAUCCUCUCCAUUACACGUCCAUCAUGAGCCACCGGGUCUGUCUCCAGUUGGCUGUGGCCAUGUGGUUGGGCGGGUUGAUCCAUUCCAUCGCCCUGACUGCUCUGACGCUCAGCCUGCCAUACUGUGGCCCCAACACCAUCGACAACUUCUUCUGCGACGUGCCCUUGGUCAUCAAACUGGCCUGCGCUGACACUUACGUCUUCGAGAUCCUCAUCGUCUCAAAUUCGGGGCUGAUCUCGGUCGUCUGCUUUGUUGUCCUGGUGGUCUCCUACGUGGUCAUCCUUGUCUCCUUGAGGAACCGCUUCUCUGAGGGACGGAGGAAGGCUCUGUCGACUUGCGCCGCUCACCUGACCGUGGUGACCUUGUUCCUGGGGCACUGCAUCUUCAUCUACCUCAGGCCGGCUAAGAGUCUGGCUGCGGACAAGGUGGUUUCUGUUUUCUUCACGGCCGUCACCCCCCUGCUUAACCCAGUCAUCUACACCCUCCGCAAUGAGGACAUGCUGAAUGCGCUGAACAAACUCCGAGGGCAGCAGGUCACUUCGGGAGGGAAAGUGCAUUGA